CUGCAUGUUCCCUUGUUGAUGACUCAUCUUCUGUUAGCCCUAACCAGGCUUAUCUGAGCCAGGUUGUCCUGUCCCCAGCUAGUCCCCCCCAAACUCCUGACAGGUCUGCAGUUGAAAACCAAAUGAGCACUGUCUCUGGAAUCCCCUUCAGUCAAGGACCAGGCACCCCCAUUAAUACUUCAUCCACUCAAGCUAGUCCUGCUCAUUCUGGUCUGGCUCAGGAUAACACUGCGAUGCUGAGCUCAAGUCCAACCAUUACAACACCUGUUAGUCCCCCAAGCCUAGACCAUUCACAGGCUAGCCCUCCUCAGACCUGCCCACCUGCUCCUCAAGAUGGCUCUUUGCACAGUAGUCCAGUCGGCCGAUCACAAGCUGGAGAUAUACAAGCUAAUGCUAGUCCUGACCCUGCAUGGCUGGAAGCAAGUCCUAGUCUAUGUCCUACUAGUCCUGUGCAACCUGAGGCUAGUUCCAGUCCUAGUCCUGUUAGCCAAUUGAGGUGUGAGGCAAGUCCAGGUCCUGUCAGCCCUGUGCAGUCUGAAAUCAGCCCUAGUCCUGGUCCUAUUGGCCCUGUGCUGUCUUGUCCUUCCAGUCCCCAGAGACACACACCAACAGAGAGGGAGUCUGCAGCCACAGGGGACGUCAGCAUGUUGGAGGAGCAGAAGGAGAGAGUGAGGACUGAGAAGGAGGUAGAGGAGGACAGAGAUGCCCCACAGCAGCAGCAGCAGCAGGAGGAGGAGGAGAUGGAAGAGCCUCAUCAGGCGACUAAGAGGAGUCCAGAAGAGAAGGAGAGUCCUAAGAGGACAAAGGAGGAGGGAGAAGAGGAAGUCUGUGUUCCUGCAGAAGUCGAACAGGAACACCAUCAGUCUCCUCCUCACGCUCCUGCUGCCUCCCCCUUUCAGCAGGCUCCUCCCACCACACAACAUCCCUCCCUACCCCCCUCACCUUCUCCUCCUGCCUCCCCCCUCACCUCACCACCAUCCCCUCCUCCUUCUCCAUAUAGAGCUGGCUCUCAGGAGGCCUCCCCAUCCUCACCUCACAGGAAUGCCUUACUCCCCUCCUGUUCCCCCCACACCCCACCUCCUCUAAAGGACCCCCCACAGGAACAGGAUCCAAGAGAAGCUGAGACCAUGAAGGGUUUGGAGGGGAUGCAAGAGGACAAAACACUUUCCUGUCAUGGGGCAGUUGAUGGCAGCCAAUCGGAGAACCAGUUUGAACCUGUUGCUCUAGCAAUAGAACCCACCAAAGAUAAGCACCAAUCACAUGCUGAGCCUUUGGAGAGACAGCAAGAGGAGACUGACGACUCUCUUAAAGUGACUGAACCAGCAGCAGCCACUCAUGAAAAGGUUGAAGAGCAGCAGCCAAUCAUAGAGCAGUAUAGUGCAGUGGAAGAGGAGCAGGGGGAGGAAGCGAGAAAAGAAGCUGAGGAUCAGGACCAUUCAGAUCUGGAUGAGGAGCCAAUGAGCCCUGUCCUGGAACUGGACCCUUCUUUAGAUAUGGAGGUGAUGAAGCUGAUGUCCUCCUCGUCUCCUCCCCCCUCCUUCCUUCACCUCUCCUCACCCAGCCCGCCUCCAUUCUCUCGCCGGGGGAAGGGUCGUACUCUCAGACCUCCUCCCUGCUCUUCCAGGCCUUCAGAUGACCUCUCCAUCCGUCUGAGGCAAUCUCCCUUCUCAACGGAGGCCUCCCCAGAGACCUCCCCGGCUAGAACUCCCAUGACCCCUCCUCCCUUAUCCCCACCCUCACCUCAUCACCGAGCCUCCCCCUCUGCCAGAGAGUCUCCACCUCUGUCAAAGCUUCAGGCUCCGCCCACCACUGUGCUCCCCCUCACUCCUAAAAUUGGAAUGGGGAAACCGGCCAUCACCAAGAGGAAGUUCUCCCCGGGCCGAGCCAGGAUCAAACAGGUUUCGUGGUGGAGUAAUCGCAGGGCGGUGAGCCCGCCCUCGUCCUCCCAGGAUUCCACAGGGGAGGGAGGGUGGGACAGCCCUAAGCCCCUCCCACCGGACUCCCCCCUCUGGAGCAUGAGAGUGGGUCGCGGUUCAGGGUUUCCAGGCAGGAGGAGGUCCAGAGGAGGAAGCAUUGGAGGAGGAAGAGGAGGCAGAGGAAGGAGCCGGCUAAAGACUCAGGACAGUCUGCCCGUUUCACCUGGAUCUGUGUAUGUGGAGCCGUUCCAGCCGAAGGAGGAGGAGGAGAACUCCAUGCACAACACAGUGGUGAUGUUUUCCACCUCCGACCACUUCACCCUCAGACAGGACAUGUGUGUGGUGUGUGGUAGUUUUGGUCAGGGCGCUGAAGGCCGGCUGUUGGCCUGUUCUCAGUGUGGACAGUGUUACCAUCCCUACUGCGUCAACGUCAAGAUCACUCGAGUCAUCCUGACCAAAGGGUGGCGCUGUCUGGAGUGUACGGUGUGUGAGGCGUGUGGCGAGGCCAGCGACCCCGGGCGACUGUUGCUAUGUGACGACUGUGACAUCAGCUACCACACCUACUGCCUGGACCCGCCCCUUCACACUGUCCCUAAAGGAUCCUGGAAGUGCAAGUGGUGGGUCCACCUGUCAAUCAAUGUCACAUGUCUGUUCCCUACCAAUCAGCCUCCAAUGGUUGUGUGUGUCCUCUGA